AAUAUAUGUGUGACGGCUGAAGUCAGCCUGUAGUCCGGUCUCUUGUUUCUCCUGCAGAAUGGGGACCCAGGUGAAAGACGUGACCAUUAAGCCUGAUGCUCCUAACACUCUCUUCCUAGACAAGCAUGCAGACUAUAUUGCAGCUUAUGGUUCAAAGAAGGAUGAUUAUGAGUACACACUGUCAGAGUAUCUGAGAAUGAGUGGCAUCUACUGGGGUCUUACCGUGAUGGACCUGAUGGGUCAACUGUCCCGAAUGAACCGAGAGGAGAUUAUAGAGUUCAUCAAAUCCUGCCAGCACGACUGCGGAGGCAUCAGCGCAAGCAUCGGUCAUGACCCUCAUCUCCUUUACACUUUAAGUGCUAUACAGAUUCUGUCCUUGUAUGAUAGUGUUAAUGCCAUUGAUGUGGAUAAAGUGGUGGAAUAUGUUAAAGGACUGCAGCAAGAGGAUGGCUCGUUUGCAGGGGACAAAUGGGGUGAAAUAGAUACACGUUUUUCCUUUUGUGCAGUUGCAACUUUAGCACUACUGGGCAAACUGGAUGUGAUCAACGUAGACAAGGCCGUAGAGUUUGUGAUGUCCUGUAUGAACUUUGACGGUGGGUUUGGUUGCAGGCCUGGUUCAGAGUCUCAUGCUGGUCAGAUUUACUGCUGCACAGGUUUCUUGUCUGUCACUGGGCAGCUUCAUCAAGUCAAUGCAGAUCUGUUGGGCUGGUGGCUCUGUGAAAGACAGCUGCCAUCAGGAGGACUGAAUGGGAGGCCAGAGAAGCUGCCUGAUGUCUGCUAUUCCUGGUGGGUUCUUGCCUCAUUGAAAAUCAUUGGCAGAAUUCACUGGAUUGACAAAGCAAAACUGCGCAAUUUUAUUCUUGCCUGCCAGGAUGAAGAGACCGGAGGCUUUGCUGACAGGCCUGGAGACAUGGUGGAUCCUUUCCACACUCUGUUUGGUGUAGCCGGUCUGUCUCUGCUUGGAGAUGAGCAGAUCAAGCCAGUGAACCCUGUGUUUUGCAUGCCUGAGGAUGUGCUUCAGAGGAUUGGCCUCCAACCAGACUUACUGAGCUGAGCUUAAAUUUUCAGCAUGACCAUUUCCCGCUUCUCCUUAUACUGCACCACCAGCCCCGAUUUAAAACGGGCAAACCAGCAAACCGUGAAAAAGCUGUCACCUUCAACUCCCCAUCGGCACACCGUUUAGAGGGACCAAGGACUUUAGAAACACUCUUAACAUGGUGUGCUUUUGUUCAUCUAAAUUACAGGACUUGCUUCUGUUAGUGGGCUUGCUUUCUUUAAAGAGGCUGUUCAAAGGGGUAAUUCUGGUAUUUACAGCUUGCACUGUGUAUCAUAACCUUUAUUUAAAUGACUUUUUGGUGUCAACCAAGAGCGUUUAGUCGAUGAGGAGAGAAGUGACAAACUCAUCUCUGAUGGCUUUUCAAAAGUGAGACUAAUACAUGUUGCGUUACACUUUAACGUAUGCAUAAGAUUAAUUUUAUGUCGAAUUUCUUUCACUGUAGUCUGUUCACAUCGAUCGUGGAGGUUUUGUUGGUCUGUGGUAUUCACAAAAAGUACUGUGCAGCCAUUUUAAAAGCCAUAUUUGCUUUGGAACGGUUUUAUUUUUAGGGUUUAGGAGGCACUUUUGCUGUAAGAAUUCUGAAUAAUUCUCUCAUUAUGGCAUUUAUACCACCUGUUGUGUGCGAUGGAAUAAAUGUGUCGUUAAUGU